AUGGCUGAGGUAUUCAGAAUUAUUGGCAGAAAUAAACAGAAUAUUAUCCGUUCCGGCCUUCUGGGUGUGGGAGUCGGCUCUAUUCCCGGAGUAGGAGAGGAUAUUGCUUCCUGGAUUUCUUAUGAUCGGGCCAAACGGGCCAGUAAAGAACAGGAGAAAUUUGGUCAUGGCUCAUAUGAAGGCAUUAUUGCCUCUGAAACAGCCAAUAAUGCCUGUAUUGGCGGUUCUAUUAUUCCUCUGCUGACACUGGCAGUACCUGGCAGCCCUCCUGCUGCCGUGCUGCUGGGGGCCAUGUAUCUGCAUGGUAUCCGGCCGGGGCCUGUGCUGAAUUUUGAGUUCCCGGGUUUUAUUUAUGAAAUUACGGCUAUGCUGUUCUGGGCCACUAUUGGGCUGUUUGUUUCUGGUACCUUACUCUCUUCAUUAAUGGUCAGAAUACUCAGAGUCCCGGCCAUUUUUCUGAUGCCGGUGGUGGCCGCCUUAUCUGUCAUGGGAGCGUAUGCGAUCGGUCUGAAUAUCUUUGAUGUGUAUAUCAUGAUGGCCUUCGGCCUGCUGGGUAUUGUUUUUUAUCAAUUAGAUAUUCCCGCUGCUCCACUGAUUUUAGGGAUCAUACUCGGGCCUCUGGUCGAUACCAAUCUGCGGCGUUCUCUGCUGGCAUCAGGUGGUGAUCUCUUUGUAUUUAUUACAAGGCCCAUCUCUGUAUUGUUGGUUGUACUGAUUAUCUGGUCCGUUGUUUCUCAAUCGCGAUACGUAAAACAACGGAUGGCCGGAUUAUAUUCCAGGAUUUCCUCAGCGGGGAAGAACUCCAGCUGA